AUGGCCGCUCACAGGGAAACCUUUGAUUUCAUUGUCGUUGGCGCGGGCAAUAGCGGUGCUGUCAUCGCCUCGAAAAUUGCGCAUUCGAACGCUGCACCAAAUGUUUUGUUGAUCGAAGCGGGUGGUGAUGCCCAGCGUCCAGAAUUAUAUCUUCCCAGCCAGAGAUACACCAGUGUCCAUCACUAUCCAGACAUUCGUUUUGACUAUCAAACAACGCCUCAAAAGCAUCUCGAUGGACGAAUCUUGACUUACUACCGCGGACGAGGUCUAGGAGGGUCCAGCCUUGCUAACUACCUAGGCUACAUACGCGGUGCGGCAUCGGACUACAACACAUGGGCUUCGAUGGUGGGAGAUGACGCUUAUAAAUGGGACAACGUCCUCGAACGUUACAAGGAGAUUGAGAAUCUGUCAUUCGAGGACGACAAUGACGAGAACCAGUGGGUCAAGCUGGUGGAAGGCGCUCACAGCACAAAAGGUCCACUAGGGUUACAAUUGUUUCCUCGAAAACAAUGGCCCCGUGGAAAUGACAUUCUGAUGCAAGCAGCUCAAGAUUUCGGCUGGCCCAUCAAUCCAGAUCAGAACAGUGGCCAUCCUAUUGGACUUGCCGCAGUGACGACCACUUCAUACGAAGGCUCCAGGACAACCAGUGCAACGGCAUACUUAAGCAAUUUGCCACCAAACCUCCAUAUCUGGACGAACACUAUCGCCCACAGGAUAAUCUUGGAAGACAAUCCGGCGGAAGACGUACUCCGGGCCGCUGGCGUUGUUCUUGCCGAUGGACGAGAAGUGCGAGCCAAGGCCGAGACGAUUUUAUCCCUUGGAUCUAUCGAUACUCCCAAGAUUCUGUUAUUGAGUGGCAUCGGGCCCAAGGACGAACUGCAGGAGCUGGGAAUCCCCUGUCGCGUCAACCUUCCUAGGGUCGGUAAAGACAUGCUCGACCAUGUCUUCUUGCCUUUGAGGUGGGGCUGCUCUUCUGCGUUGUCGGACAAGAUGGCAUAUGCUAGCAACAAACCAGCCUUGCUCGCAGCUCGUAAGGAAUGGCUGCGGAGUCGGACGGGCAGCGAAGCAUUCAGAGAACUGGCAAACCUGGUGGGAUUCCUUAAACUAGACAAAAAGCUCUAUUCGCAAGAGGAACUCAGCAAGCUCCCUCGCGAAGUCCAGCAGCGAAUCAACCAACCCGACGCUCCUCAAUUUGAAGUCUUUCUGGCUGGCGAUGUCCCGCGGGUCCUGGAAAGACAAAACGGGGAGGAUGCGAUAGGCAUGUGUGUCAUGCUCAUGAAUCCUCAGUCCCGGGGCAGUGUGAUUCUGAGCUCCAACGAUCCUCAUGCCGUGCCGGUGAUCGACGGCAACUUUCUGGCACACCCUUACGAUCGCGCAACCUUGGUCGAUGGAACAAGAGAAUUGCUGAGAUUUGUGAACUCGGCGCACCUCUCAAAGUACAUUGGAGGUCGCUAUCACGCUCCAAAGACAGACAGUAAAGAAGAUGUGCUGGCUUUCAUUAGGAAAGAACUUGGGAGUGUCUUGCAUCCUGUCGCCACCGUGAAGAUGGGACGAGCAGACGAUCCAACCGCUUGCGUUGAUACAAACAUGUGUGUUAGGGGAGUCAAGAACUUACGAGUGGUUGACCUCAGCGUGUGCCCCGUCUUGACCAACAACCACACCCAGUCAACAGCGUAUUUGGUGGGCCAAAUCGGAUGGAAAAAGGUUGCGGAGAAGUAUGGUUUACGAGAUGGGCGUCGUGAUACGCUCGGUCGAGAGCGUCUCUGAGAGGCGGGCGUUAAAUGGUCAAUACGGGACCUGGGAAAGGAACGGGCGUGCUAGUGAGG